AUGAACACGAAGAAAGCCAAGAAGAAUAGGAAGAAACAGAUCGAUUUUGAAGAAUAUGGAAUGAGGAAAGUAGCGUUCAAGUUUAGUUAUAUUGGGUUUAAGUACUCGGGAUUAGCAGUGCAAGCGAAUACGGCGAAUACUAUUGAGGAACAUCUUUUUCAAGCCUUUAAGAAGCUGAAGCUGGUUAGAGGGGAUAGGCCGAGGGAUUGGGACUAUGCGAGAUGUGGAAGGACGGAUAGAGGUGUCAGUGCGCUAGGAAAUGUAAUCUCACUAAACGUAAGGAAUCUUGACAAAAAGAGGAAAAAAAUAAAAAUUAGGGAAGAACAAAAAGAGGAGAAUAAGGGUGAAGAAGAGACUCCACAAGAGGAUGAGAGAGAUCUAGAUACCAUUGGGAUCUACUCAACAAUGAUCAAUGGAAUUCUCCCCGAAGAUAUCAGAGUUAACGGUUAUGCAGAAGUCCAGCCAUAUUUUGAUGCUAGGUUCAGCUGUCUCUAUCGAGAAUACAAAUAUUUCUUCAACUUAAAGGACAUGAAUUUGGAGAAAAUGAAAUUAGCAGCUGACAAGCUCAUUGGAUGUCAUGAUUUUCGCAACUUUUGCCAGAAAUAUGACGAAGAGAAUUUUGAAGAGGGAGAAGAACAAAACUUUAUCAGGAGAAUAUUUUCUAUAAAGUUCCUUCCUGUCUUUGGAGAAGGGGCUUCAGAUCAUCUUAAUAUGUACGUGUGAGUGAUCAGAGGAUCAGCCUUUCUCUGGCACCAGAUCAGAUUCACCAUGACUGUUUUGUUUAUGAUAGGAGAGGGUAAAGAUGAGGAAGGUUUAAUUGAUCUCUUGCUCGAUGUGGAUAGACUCCCAGAGAAACCUCCUUACAUAAUGGCCAGCCACAAACCUCUUGUGCUAAGUAAUUGCUAUUUUGAAGGUCUUAAGUUUCAGGAUACUUUGAGAGGCUAUGCAGACAACUUUGUAAACUCUGAAUCCUUGGUAGAACAAGCAAGUAUUGAAUUUUGUGUGCAUAAUACUGUUUUUGAGCAUUUUAACAAGAUAUUCUUGCCAUCUUCCUUCAUUAAGCUUCCUGUCAAUAACCACACUAUGAAGGAUAUUGAGCUAGAUCCUUCUGAGGGCUUCAACCUCAAAGAUUUUUCUAAAGAAUACAAGAACAAGAAGAGGGUUAAUAAGGCGAUCCAGAAGAGCUCUAUUACUGAAGAAAUCAUGAAAAUGGCUGAGAGAUAAAUUUAGUGGUUCAAUUUGAAGA